AUCUUCUAAAGAAUAGAUCAGAUUAGAGUGACAGAAAAUUGCAAUUAACUAGCAUGCAAGCUAUGUCCUCCUCGCUUCAAACUGUUCUUCUGCAGAAACAAGCUGCUGUAAAACUCCUGCUUGGGUUACUUGCAAUUUCAGCAGCAACAUUUGUAGCAACUGCAGCAGCUGAACCCAACUGUAACAGAACAUGUGGAUCACUUGAAAUCCCCUACCCAUUUGGAACAUCCGAAGGCUGCUAUCUUAACUCAUCUUUUCGCAUUACUUGUAAAUCCUCCUCUAACUCUCGGAAGGGUACUCCAACACCAUUUCUGCGCGUUAGUAACAUAAAGGUACUCAACAUAUCAUUAGAUGGUGAACUGCGAGUCUCAGCUUCUGUAGCCCGUGAUUGCCCACAGAAAUCGGACUAUAAUUUCAGCAAAAGCUAUACCCAUCUCACCUUGCGAGAGUUCCCCAUCUCGUAUACGAAGAACGUCUUCACCGCCAUUGGUUGCGACACUCUGGCACUCAUUGGAAGUUCAGCCUCAGACAAGAAUUAUACGACAGGAUGCGUGUCACUCUGUGACAGCAUCGACGGCAUGGUUAACGAUUCUUGCUCUGGUGUAGGCUGUUGCCAGACUCCUAUUCCAGAUGGAAUAAAAGAUUUUAAGGUGUCCCUUACCAGCCUUUAUAAACACUCCAAAGUGAGGAAAUUCAAUCCAUGUGGUUUCGCCUUUGUGGUGGAAAAAAAAGAAUACAACUUUUCCACCUUAGAUCUUCAGAAUAUGCAGGAUAAAGAUGUUUUUCCCUUGGUGCUAGAUUGGGCAGUUGGGAGCAAGACAUGUGAAGAUGCUAAGAAGAAUACUACAGGAUACGCAUGUAAGGCAGCAAAUAGUGAAUGUUACAAUUCCAAAAACGGUCCUGGGUAUCUCUGCAACUGCUUCUCAGGCUAUCAAGGAAAUCCAUAUCUCUUUAAUGGUUGCCAAGAUAUUGAUGAAUGUAAAACCCCAAAUCAUGGGUGCGCUGAUCAUGCAUGUUUCAACCAUGUGGGGUCUUACACCUGUUCUUGCCCCAAGGGAUACCAAGGAGAUGGGUUGAGAAAUGGAACUAGUUGCAUUCCUAAACCAACCAAUUCUAAGAAUAUCAUCAUUGCUCUAUGUAUCGGCAUAAGUCUCCUAGUCUUGCUCUUGGGAGGUUCUUUAAUACUUUUGGGAUUGAAAAGAAGGAAGCUCAUGAAACUCCAAGAAAAGUACUUCCAACAAAAUGGUGGCUUAAUGUUACAAGAACAUAUUUUGAAUCAGGGAAGGUCUAUGGAGACAACGAAAAUAUUUAGUAAUGAUGAGCUUAAAAAGGCCACCAACAAUUAUGACGAGAGUAGAGUCCUUGGCAAAGGGGGUUAUGGAACUGUUUACAAAGGUGUAUUACCCGAUAACAAAGAGGUUGCCAUUAAAAAGUCCAAAAUCUGUGAUAAGAGCCAAAUCGAGCAAUUCAUAAAUGAGGUGAUUUUGCUUACCCAAAUUAAUCAUAGAAAUGUGGUUAAACUAUUAGGUUGUUGUCUUGAAACAGAAGUUCCCUUACUUGUAUAUGAAUUUAUCACAAAUGGGACUCUUUUUGACCAUAUUCAUGAUAUAAGUCGGGCUUCUUCUCUUUCAUGGGAAAAACGUUUGAAGAUAGCAAUAGAAGUAGCAAGAGCCCUUGCAUACCUACAUUCUGAAACUUCUAUGCCAAUUAUACAUAGAGAUGUGAAAAGUACAAAUAUACUAUUAGAUGAUAACCACAUAGCAAAAGUGGCUGACUUUGGAGCUUCAAGGUUGAUAGCUCUUGAUCAAACGGAAAUAACCACCUUGGUGCAAGGAACUCUUGGGUACUUAGACCCUGAAUACUUCCAAACUGGCCAGCUAACAGAAAAAAGUGAUGUGUACAGUUUUGGUGUUGUGUUGGCAGAGCUGUUGACAGGUGAACAGGCAAUUUCUUCCUAUAGGCCUGAAAGUUAUAAAAACCUUGCAAUGUUUUUUGUUUCUGCAGUUAAAGAAGAUCGUCUACUUCACAUUCUUGAGGAUCACAUUGUCAAUGAGGGUAAUAUUGAGCCAUUAAAGGAAGUUGCUAAUCUUGCAAAAGGGUGCUUAAGGUUAAGAGGGGAGGAUAGGCCCACUAUGAUGGAAGUGGCAAUGGAGCUUGAAGGAUUGAGAAUUAUGGGAAAGCAUCCAUGGGGAAAGGAUAAGCAAACCACAGAAGAAACAGAAUACUUGCUCAGUGCACCUACAGUCCCUUUCAACAUUGAUAUUGGAGUUGGUUCUUCUGUAAGUGCAGUUAGUGGGUCUGAUAGCAUGAUAAACCAACUCUUGAAACCCCUAGAUGAUGGUCGAUAAGGAGUUAAGUCCACAAUAAUUGAUUUAUAUCAAUCAAUGAGAUCCAUUCAUGAACUGCUAUAUGCCUAUUAAGAUCAUUCAUACAUUUUUCUAGCUCUCCUUCUUUUACCAAAUUUCUGUAGUUGGAUGUAACUUGCAACAAUUUUGGGUUCCUCCUGGUGAACAAAUAAGUUUGAUCCCAUCCUACUACAAAGAGCCUAGUUUUCCCACGAUAAUUCUCCAUUCUUGACAAUUUAAGAAUGUUAAUGUAAUAAGGGAUUACUGCUACAUUCAUAACACAAGAUCAUCGACCUUCUCCAGUAAUCCUAUCCUCUAAAAGGCAUCAGACUGUUGAGCUUGUUGAAGCUCCAAAAAGGAAAUCUCAACGUCUCAUUAAAGUUGAGAAAAAAGAUCCAUUUGAGUGUACAGCUCCAGAGCUACAAGUAGAUGAUUCUACAAUGGCCCUAGCUCUUCUGGAAAUGCAUUCAGGAUAUUUGAGCAAGGAGAAAAAAUUAAAAGGGAAAGCAAAACACAAUCCCUAUAGCAGACCACCCUCUCAUUCCCAAGGAAAAUCCAAAUAAGCUAGCGAGACAAGCUUAAAAAUGUCUCCACAAGCCAAGUGAAGACAAUGGCUUGGAAUUGCAGGGGAUUAGCCCGCCCUAAAGUAGUCAUAAAAUUAAGGGCCAAUAUUAGGAAAUAUAAUCCGGAUGUAAUUUUUUUGUUGAAAACCUUGUGACGAAUGAUCGCACCAUAUCUAUUGUUAGUAGUAUAGGUUUCUAUCAUUUUCUUUACAGUCCUACUGUAUGUAAAAAAGGGGGCCUUCUACUUUUGUGGCGACCAGGUGUAGAAAUCG